GUCCGCGUUCAUUUUGUGGAAUUCAAGACUGGUGCACCAGGGCGCUACCUACGCGCCAUAUGCAAAAACAGGGUUCCGCCCGCCUGUGCAGGUGCCGUCCAUGUUCGACGCAAAUGCUGAUGACUGGAAAGUGCAUUUGAACCGCGAAGGCUACGUUGUCAUCAAAGAUCUGCUAGAAAGUGACAACGUGAAAAAGGCCCUCAACUUCCUCUUGGCCGACAUAAAGUCUCUGAACCCGAAGAUUCAAAACCUCGAUCAGGUGCGAGAAAAAGAUUUACCUCCAGCUCAAAAUAAGAACGAUUUGCGAAUCUCAGGUGGCAUUUGCCACGGCAAGUUUGCAUGGUUUCUGCGCACAUGCCCGGAGGUGAGCCGUGUUUUCGAGAUGUUGUUCGAUCUUCCAGAAGGUGCGCCCAUGACUGGCUCUGUGGACGUGGUUGCCCUGGCGCCCCCUGCUAGUGGUUCUUUGGUGGACGGCGGCAAAAAUUGGUUGCACCUGGAUUAUAGCCCGCCUUUCGGAGACAUUUGGCAGGGCACGCUUCAGAUCUUUCCAGAUUCUCGCGCAACUGGUGCAAGGUGGGCACGAAUUGCCAUCAUGAUCUGCAAGGCACCAGUUUCAUGGGCAUCGCCAAGCACUGCGAUAUCCUUGCUGGCCGCCUGUGUGGUGGGCGCUGCCUCAAAAGCCACGGCUGCGGUGACAGAGGGCGAACUACACCCUGGCAGAGAGGACUACAAAGGCCCUCGCUUGAUUCCGGAGUUGGCAGACUCGGCAAGCCUGCAGGACUUGCAGCUGCAAAGGUUGAAAGCCCAGGAAGUCGCCGCGAUUUUCAAGGCAGAUGUGCUCAGAUUGCGGACGCUAAUACCUCAUGAACGACGGGAGUAUGUGUCUCCUGUUUGGCCAACACCUGAAAGACAGCUGAAGAUGGCUUCGGAUGCUUCAGGGUUUCGACCAAAAGGACAAAAGAGGAGCAGGGGAUGCCAGUUGCCAGAACCGCGCAAGGCUCAACGAAGGCUUAGAGAGGCACCAUCUGCUGUAGUGUUGCUACGUCCUUGCAAGGCGCAGGCGGAGAAGUAGACAC